AUGGCAACUUCCAACAAUGAUUCUUCUACGACCGCGAACGGUGACGGUAUGCCCAAAGUCGGGCCUCAUCCAGGCUUCAUCUCGAGCUCGAAUCAAUACACAUCAGAGCUAAGGCUCCGGCGCAUGCUAAAGGACAAUGGCUGCGACCCCGCGAGACAGGAUAACUACCGUCUUCAAGGUGUGCAGCUGAUCGACAACGUCAGAAAGUCCCUACAACUACCUGUUCGCAGUUUUGAUACGGCGUGCACAUACUUCCACAAGUUUCGACUCAAUUUUAGAGAUGCAGAGUACAACUAUCAGGAUGCCGCAUUGGCUUCGUUGUUCGUUGCAUGCAAGGUCGAGGAUACGAUCAAGAAGUCAAAAGAUAUUCUAGCAGCAGCGUAUAACAUCAAGAACCCAGAGAAACCUACCACUUCGGACGAUAAGAUCUUCGAAGGACCAGGCAAGAUAAUAAUUUGCCUCGAACGACUCAUCCUCGAGACGAUCGGCUUCGACUUCCGCACGCGCUACCCGCAAAAGCUCCUAGUCAAAGUCGUUCGUGCCAUCCUGGGCAAAGAAGCUGGUAAAAGAUUCUACGACAUUGCAUACACAAUGUCUAUCGAUAUGUACAAGACCUUCGUCCCAAUCAAGCGCACAACGUUCUCCAUGGUGAUGGCUCUUGUGGAGCUCACAGCUCUCCUGACGGAACAGUACGUCGACAAGGUCCGCGACUGGGCAAAGACGAAGCCACAGUACAACCGCGGCGAAGUAAUGGAAGCGAUGCUAGACAUUUUGGACCUUUAUGUUCAGCAUUCAAAGUCGACGAAGGUCGGGGCGCAGUUUGAUCAGAACAAGAUUAUCGAUAUCAAGAUUCGGCUUAACAACGAUCUUGACAAGGCUUUCGAACCACGGUAUCUGAACUUCUGUCCCCGUUGCGAAGCUGAAGAACCCCAACCCUCGACGCCCGCAUCUGCCACAUCCCCUGCGACGUCGACAUCGUGGCCUGGCGAUGCUUCAGGACGACGCACAGCUCGGGGACAGGAGGGAACGAUGCGAUUCGUGUUUGACCCUGAGGCUGCCAAGAGAGAGCAAGAAAUCACGAGUGAAUUCUUUAAAGAUGAGUAUGAGGAAUACGAGGUCGAAGUCGAAGAGCCGAUCGCCCCACCGCCUGAAGAGAUGAUGGGCCCUGGUGGUGGUGGACGGGGAGGUUACCGUGGGCCCAGGGAUCGCGGUGAUCAUAGACGAGGAAACCCAUAUGGAGGCUAUCGUGGAGAUAGGCACUACAGAGGAGGAAGGGGUAGACAUCGCUGA